AAACAAUAGGAGAUGCCUACAUGGUGGUCAGUGGUCUUCCAAAUCGAAAUGGAAACAGACAUGCAGUGGAUAUAUCCAGGAUGGCUUUGGAUAUCCUUAGUUUUAUGGGAACUUUUGAACUACGUCAUUUGCCAGGUUUGCCCGUCUGGAUACGAAUUGGAGUUCAUUCAGGUCCAUGUGCUGCUGGAGUAGUUGGCAUUAAAAUGCCAAGAUAUUGCCUAUUUGGAGACACCGUAAAUACAGCUUCCCGGAUGGAGUCUACAGGACUGCCACUUCGAAUACAUGUAAGUAAAUCAACUGUAUCCAUUCUGAAAAGGACAGACUGUGAAUUUCAGUAUGAAGUAAGAGGCGAGACCUAUCUGAAGGGUAAAGGCACAGAAACUACCUAUUGGCUAACAGGAGAGACAGACCACAAAUAUAACCUCCCUGUACCUCCAACCGUGGAAAAUCAGCAGCACCUUCAGUCUUAUUUUUCAGAUAUGAUAAAGGAGUCAUUGAAAAAGAGAGAAGCAGAAGGGUUCAGUGACAGACCGCUAACUCGUGUGGCAAGUUACCGCAGUGGUACUUUGGAGUAUCUUCAAAUAUCCACAAGUGUCCGACCCAGCACAUAUCUCUAGAU